GUUAACAACAAAUGGUCGUCUCUGUUUGAAAAUUGUUUGUGUGUCAUUCGUUGAAAACAAUAGAAUUUUACCAACUAAACAGAAAUCAAAUAAAACAAAUAUCGAAAAAUAUAUAAUAAUACCAAGAAAAAAAAUCAUAAAUUUUAAAGCAAAAAUAUUAAUAAUAAUAAUUAAAUUAAAAUAAUAAAUAACAAGUGCCUGAUUUUAGUUAGAGCAAAGCGGAAAUCGAACUGUGAUAAAAAAAUAGGUAUCUAAAAUAUUGUAGUUUGUUUUAGUUGUGUGUGUUUUAGAAUAAUUAUUUAUGGUGAAAUUACAGAGAUUUAGUGUGAACAAAUCAAGAUAGUGCACAUGCAAAAAUUGUAUAUUGUUUUAACAAAAUUAAAUAUAUAAACAAUUUCAAAGGAAAAAAGCUUAUAUCUUCUUCAACACCUUCAAAAUUCCCAUUUGGUUUAACAACAGGAUUUGUUAAACACUCCACCUCCUACUUCUUCCAUUCAUCUUAACACUUUGACUACGUCUACAUUCAUUUAAUCUUAAUGUCUCAACAUACAUACUAGUGAAUUAAUUUAAUUAGCUAAAUAUUUACAACAAAAAAAAAAAUGGUUCGCGUCACAAGUUGGGCGAAAUUUAGAUUAUUACUUUGGAAAAAUUGGCUACUGCAAUGGAAUCAAAAAUGGCAACUUGUUAUCGAAUUACUGCUGCCGGCUAUCUUCUCACUGUUGCUGGUAUUAGUGCGUACAUUAGUGGUGGCAGAACCAAAAUCGAUUACCACUUAUGAUCCACAAAAUAUAACUAAUCUCAAUUUAUUCGAAAUAUCUGUAGUACAGGCUCGAACAAUACGUAGAUUUUUAUUAAGUGCUCUAUCGAAAGACAGAACAACUAUGGCAAGUUUGCCCAAUGCCAAGCCAGUCCCCUUCACCCUGGGCUACUCACCCGAAAAUAGUAUAUUAAAAAAUAUAGUUCAAGAAGCCGCUACAUCCUUACGUUUGAAAGGCAUUCAGGGUUACAGUGAUGCAACGACAAUGCAAUAUGACCUAGAGGGUGGCAAACAGUUGACCGGUAUACAGUUUGAUGAUAGUUGGAGCAAUAUUACUGAUUAUCCCAUGGAUUUCUCAUUUGCUUUACGUUUUCCCAGUGAAUUGAGAACAUCAUCACAAAAUUUACCCAUGACCUGGUUGACAAUGAAACUGUUUAUGCCCAUCGAUUUGUCGGGUCCCAGAAAUGCCGGUUCUCAAGAUGGUGGUCUGCCAGUUGGCUAUUUGCGUGAGGGUUUCCUACCCGUUCAAAAUGCCAUCUCAAUGGCAUACAUGAAACUGGUAACGAAUAAUAAUGAACUGCCAUAUGUUGAAAUGCAACGUUAUCCGUAUCCGGCUUAUAUUUUUGAUCCGCUGUUAGAGGGUCUGUCGUCUAUAAUGUCGUUGAUUAUAUUGUUAAGUUUUAUUUAUCCCUGUACUUAUAUAGUUAAGUAUAUUACGGCCGAAAAGGAGAAACAAUUGAAGGAAGUUAUGAAAAUUAUGGGUUUAAACAAUUGGAUUCACUGGACAGCGUGGUUUGUUAAAUCGUUUAUAAUGUUGGGCAUAUCGGCCAUAUUGAUAACUAUUUUGAUGAAGAUUCGCUGGGCUGAUGAUGUGGCCGUUUUAACGCAUGCCGAUUGGUCCGUUUUACUAUUCUUCAUGUUGAUCUACAUCAUAACCAGCAUUUGUUUCUGUUUCAUGAUGGCCACAUUCUUCUCCAAGGCCAGUACAGCUGCUGCCGUCACCGGUUUAGUAUGGUUCAUUGCCUACAUGCCCUUCUCCUUUACCAUACAAACUUACGAUGACCUAACUUUGGGCUCCAAACUGGGUUGGUGUUUAGUCUCCAAUACUGCCAUGGGUUUUGCAUUUAAACUAAUACUCGAAUUUGAGGGUACUGGCGAGGGUUUCCAAUGGAGUAAUCUCUUUACACCCGUCAAUAUCGAUGACGAUCUGACGGUGGGUUAUAUUAUACUGAUGAUGUUGGCUUCCUGUGUUAUGUAUAUGUGUAUCUGUUUGUAUGUGGAACAAAUAUUCCCCGGAGAAUUUGGUGUGCCAAAGAAAUGGAAUUUUGUAUUUACGGCUAGUUUUUGGUGUGGCGAAAAGGAUUAUAUUGGUGUGGAGGAUAUACCAAAUGGCCAUAUAGAACGCCAGAAUCCGGAUGCUUUUGAGCCAGAGCCAGCUGGUAAACAUGUGGGUUUGCAGGUGAAGAAUUUGAAAAAGAAAUUUGGUGAUAAAAUGGCGGUAAAGGGUUUAUCGGUUAAUAUGUAUGAAGAUGAAAUUACGGUUUUGUUGGGUCAUAAUGGUGCUGGUAAAACUACUACCAUUUCCAUGUUGACUGGAAUGUUUCCGCCUACAGCGGGCACGGCCAUUAUUAAUGGCAGUGAUAUAAGAACCAAUAUUGAGGGUGCCCGAAUGUCUUUGGGUGUUUGUCCUCAGCACAAUGUUUUGUUUGAUGAUUUGACCGUGGCCGAGCAUUUGACAUUCUUUAGUCGUUUGAAGGGCCUUGAGGGAGAGGACAUCAAACGUGAGGUGGAUAAAUAUGUGAAAAUGAUCGAACUGGAAGAUAAAGCCAAUGUGGCCUCGAAGAAACUUUCGGGCGGCAUGAAACGAAAGCUGUCUGUUUGCUGUGCUUUGACAGGCAAUACGAAAGUUGUGUUGUGUGAUGAACCUAGUUCGGGUAUGGAUCCUUCGGCUCGCCGUCAAUUGUGGGAUUUGCUGCAAGGUGAAAAAGUGGGAAGGACUAUAUUGCUGACCACACAUUUCAUGGAUGAAGCUGAUGUUUUGGGUGAUCGCAUAGCGAUCAUGUGUGAUGGUGAACUAAAAUGUCAUGGUACUUCAUUCUUUUUGAAAAAGAAAUAUGGAUCGGGAUAUAGAUUGAUUUGUGUCAAACGUGAGGGAUGCAAUGCAGAUGAAAUUACUGGUUUAUUACAAAGUUAUAUACCCGGUUUGCAGCCGGAAGCCGAUAUUGGUGCUGAAUUAUCUUAUCAAUUACCCGACAAUUACUCUAGUAAAUUUGAAGAGAUGUUUGGCUCCUUGGAAGAACAGUCCGAUGAAUUGAAACUAAAUGGCUAUGGUAUAGGUAUUACCUCAUUGGAAGAGGUCUUCAUGAAAGUGGGAGCCGAGAAUGCCAAUGAUGGCAGUCGUAAACAAGCCAGUGCCAUCAUGAAUGGUGGUUCCGGUUAUCCUGAUGAUGAUGUGGAAUCAAUAACUUCUGAAGGUUUAUUCACCGAAAACUCCCAUUUGCUAAAGGGUGUCAAUCUCUUGACCAAUCAAUGGACCGCCAUGAUGUUAAAGAAAUUCUUGUACACCUAUCGCAAUAAAUUACUCUUCCUUAUACAGAAUAUUAUGCCCAUAUUCUUUGUGACCGUUACCGUUCUAAUUACCCGCACCCAAGGUACCUUUAGUGAACUGCAACCCAUGACCAUGAGUUUAACACAAUAUCCUUUGGCGGUUACGGUUUUGGAGACAGCCGCCAAUGUAGCACCGGAUUCUUUGUCAUACCAAAUUGCUGAUAAAUAUAAAAGCAUUGCCUCUUCGUAUGGCAGUGAUUAUGAGUUUCUGGAAACGGGUGAGAAAAAUUUCUCAAAGUAUAUUUUGGAUUUGGGCAAGGAAAUACAAGUGCGCAUUAAUUCAAGAUAUUUGGCAGCGGCUACCAUAGGAACUAAAAAUAUUACAGCCUGGCUGAAUAAUCAGCCUUUACAUACUGCUCCACUGACAGUGAAUUUGGUGCACAAUGCCAUGAUCAAAGCCUUAAAGAAUGACUCUUACCAAAUUACUGUUACCAAUGCUCCUUUGCCCUAUACCACAGAAACCCGUCUAACACAAUUGAAUACGGGCAACAAUUUGGGCACUCAACUUUCCACCAAUUUGUGUUUCUGCUUCUGUUUCGUUAGUGCUUUUUAUAUAUUGUUUUUGAUUAAGGAACGUGAAACACGUUCCAAGUUAUUGCAAUUUGUGGGUGGUGUUAAGGUGUGGACUUUUUGGUUGUCACAAUUACUUUGGGAUAUUUUAACUUUUGCUCUUACCGCCAUUAUUGUUAUAUGCACUAUAGCUUGCUGGCAGGAGCAGGGCUUUUCAUCAUUUGGUGAUUUGGGCCGCUAUUUUGUUGUUAUAAUACUAUUCGGCUGUUCUGUGCUUCCCUUUACCUAUUUGAUUUCAUUUUACUUUACUGAGCCCGCCACCGGUUUUGCCCGCAUUUCCAUUAUCAAUAUAUUUGCUGGCAUGGCUUUGUUUAUUGUUGUCACGGUCAUGUCGUUUGAUUUCUUUGAUACCAAGGAUACUGCCGAUAUAUUGGGCUGGAUCUUUAGAAUAUUCCCCCAUUUCUCUUUGGCCAUGGGUUUGAAUAAACUGUAUGUAAAUGUGGCUACUAGAGAUGCUUGCAGUGCUAAUCUGAUUGUAAUACUGCCAGAUGCCUUGAGAUGCCAAUUGGUACCAAAAUGUUGCAACACUGUGCCCUAUUUCGCCUGGGAGGAACCUGGUAUUUUACCCGAAACCGUUUACAUGGUAGUGACAGCUGUCGUCUUCUUUUUAGUCAUCAUCAUACGUGAAUACAGUCUAGUUAGUGAAUUGAUUUAUAAAAUCAAGCAAAGAAGUUUCAAGCCUCCGCCUCCACCAGAAGAUGGCUUCUUCGAUGAGGAUGUGGAUCAAGAAAAGCAACGCAUUUUGAAUAUGACACAGUCGGAGUUGACAGCAACGAAUUUGGUAUUGGAUCGUGUUACCAAAUAUUAUGGUAAAUUUUUGGCGGUCAAUCAAGUGUCGCUGUGUGUUAAACCAGUUGAAUGUUUUGGACUUUUGGGUGUUAAUGGAGCUGGCAAAACCACCACCUUUAAAAUGAUGACGGGCGAUGAACGCAUUACAUUUGGCAGUGCCUAUGUUAAGGGCCUCAAUCUAGCCUCCGAUAUGAAUGAAAUCUAUAAAGAAAUAGGCUAUUGUCCACAAUUUGAUGCUCUGCUGGAGGAUUUGACGGGUCGUGAAACUUUGAAAAUAUUCUGUUUACUCAGAGGCAUACAUAAGGAUCGCAUCAAUCAUAUGUCCGAGGAGUUGGCCAAAUCUUUUGGUUUCAUGAAGCAUUUAGAUAAAGAAACAAAGGCCUAUAGUGGGGGUAAUAAACGCAAAUUAAGUACCGCCAUAGCGGUUAUUGGUAGUCCUUCCGUUGUUUAUUUGGAUGAACCCACCACGGGUAUGGAUCCGGCGGCCAGACGUCAAUUGUGGAACAUGGUUUGUCGCAUACGUGACUCGGGCAAAUCGAUAGUAUUAACCUCACACAGUAUGGAAGAGUGUGAGGCGUUGUGUACGCGCUUGGCCAUAAUGGUGAAUGGAGAAUUUAAAUGUAUUGGCUCAACGCAGCACUUAAAGAAUAAAUUCUCCAAGGGUCUGAUAUUGAAGAUUAAGGUGAAACGUAAUGCUGAUCAGAUAAAGACGAGAAACUCCAUCAUCUCAAAUGCCUCCGAAACGUCAGUACCUGCACAUAUUUUGGACCAAGACAUUCAAAGUGUUAAGGCAUUUGUGGAAAGAGAGUUUCCACAAGCUAUUUUACAAGAGGAAUACCAAGGUAUUCUAACCUUCUACAUUCCCCUAUCUAGUAUUAAAUGGUCCAAGAUCUUUGGUCUCAUGGAACGUAAUCGUGAUGAAUUAAACGUCGAGGACUAUUCAAUAUCCCAAACAACGCUGGAAGAAAUUUUCUUAGAUUUUGCCAAAUAUCAAAGAGAAGAUCCACGACAAGUCAAAACUUCUAAACAAUGUUUUGGCUUCUCGAGCCUUAAUUGUAUGAGUGCGAACAACAAUAGCUGAGAAUUGCCCAAUGCUCUGGGUCCAACAUCAUCCAUAACAAUGGAGGCCAGAGUUUAGUUAAUGGCAGAUGAGACAGACAGUACAAUGCUGAGUAACAAAGAAGAUUUUCCUGAGGCUUUAACCAAAUGUGUGUCUACACUAAGUAGUAAAAAUAGCAAAAAUUUAAAAAAAAACUAAAAUAAUUGAAAUCUCAUUGAGAAGUCCCUAUAUUUUUUAUUUAUACAACUAUUAUUUUUAUAAGU